UUGUGGGUGGAAACAGGAGAAUCAAGAUGGCAGCGCCCUGCUCCAGAAUGGCGAGUCGCCCUUUAUGGCAAUUUAUUACAAAUGUCAGACGGACAGGGCUAAAACAUACAGGAGUUCGUCAAAUUUCUCUCGGUUCUGCUUGUCGAGCUGCAACUCAGACCAGAGGUAAAACGGAAAGCGUCGCGUCGCCAUGGAAGCUGUACGGGGCGGUGUGUCUCCAGAGGCUGCCUGUCAUAUCACAGGAGCGGAACCCGAUCGAAGACCAAUUCGCUGAGCUCAUGCAUCAGAUGGAGCUGGAGAGAAGCUUGCUGUCGGAUCAUGAACAGAGACUCCUAGAGGACUCAGAACGUGCGACUCGCAAACAGGCAGACGACUAUGAUUCAGAUGAGGAGGAGGCAGACUACGGUGGCCAGGAGACCAUCACCGCUCAGGACCAGGAGGACACCUGGGAACAGAAGCUCAAACACUUCCAACCUGCUCUCAGAGACAGAGGUAGGAGGCAGAGAGGUUGUGGGGCACCGCUGGGCUCAGUGGAGAGGUGUCUAGGAGACAGCCUGGUGCUGCUGGUCCAGCAGACUGUCGGUAAAGAGACCAUCUGGCUGCUCCCUCAGGCCCAGUGGGAGGCAGGGGAGACUCUCCGACAGACAGCAGAGAGAGGCCUCAGCAGCCUGCCAGAGGCUGAUUUCAAGGCUACGUUCCUUGGCAACACCCCCUGUGGAGUGUACAGGUACACAUUCCCCAAAGAGGUCCGGACAGAGCGCUGCGUGGGAGCCAAGGUCUUCUUUUUCAAAGCUUUCCUGUCUGCUGGUUCAGCCAGUCAGGAAGAACCUUUCCUGUGGGUGAAGAAGACUGAACUGCAGGGAUACCUGAAGCCACCUUACUUGGAGAAGGUUGACCGCUUCAUACUCAACCUGUGAUGAAUCUGAUGAGAGCUGAUGGAGAAGGUUGACUGCUUCAUACUCAACCUGUGAUGGAGUGGAUGAGAGCUGAGGGAGAAGGUUGACUGCUUCAUACUCAACCUGUGAUGAAUCUGAUGAGAGCUGAUGGAGAAGAUGUGAUGAGAGGUUACGGAUGUCUUUUUUAGAAAUGUCCUCGUUGAGUCCUGGAAGUCAUAUUUCUGUCACAGCAACGGUUGUUUUCUCCUGCCCGUCCACUUUGUGUAUAAAUUAAAGUUUAUCAUUUGUUCCAACAUAUAAACCAUUCAGUGUUGUCUGUAGGCCUCUAUCCCAGAGGAUAGAAAGCCAGUCUCUUUGCCUGUGUGUUGUUCUAUGCAAAAAGUGUAUUGUCCUGUCCACUAGAUGGCAGUAGUGAGAUAGGAGAGGCUGGUCAGAACAGUGUAUUUUCCUGUCCUCCACUAGAUGGCAGUAGUGAGACAGACUGGUCAGAACAGUGUAUUGUCCUGUCCACUAGAUGGCAGUAGUGAGAUAGGAGAGGCUGGUCAGAACAGUGUAUUUUCCUGUCCUCCACUAGAUGGCAGUAGUGAGACAGACUGGUCAGAACAGUGUAUUGUCCUGUCCACUAGAUGGCAGUAGUGAGAUAGAGGCUGGUCAGAAGUGUAUUGUCCUGUCCACUAGAUGGCAGUAGUGAGACAGGAGAGGCUGGUCAGAACAGUGUAUUGUCCUGUCCACUAGAUGGCAGUAAUGAGACAGACUGGUCAGAGCGUGUCUCCAGUUGUGGCCAAAAGUUGAGAAUGACACAAAUAUUAAUUUUCACAAAGUCUGCUGCCUCAGUUUGUAUGAUGGCAAUUUGCAUACACUCCAGAAUGUUAUGAAGAGUGAUCAGAUGAAUUGCAUUUUAUUGCAAAGUCUCUCGAUUGUUUGGGGCAUCCGGAAUAAAGCUUGUCCGGAGAAGACACGGUGAGCGCUACCAUCAGACCUGUGUCAUGCCGACAGUAAAGCAUCCUGAGACCAUUCAUGUGUGGGGUUGCUUCUCAGCCAAGGGAGUGGGCUCACUCACAAUUUUGCCUAAGAACAAGUUGGCAAGCUGAAGUUGGUUCCUCUCCUUGUUCGGUCGGUGUCACCCGUCUUCUAGCCAUCAUCGAUCCAUUUUCCAUUUGUUUUGUCUUGUCUUCCCACACACCUGGUUUCAAUUCCAUCAUUACGUGUUGUUUUGUAUUUAACCCCCCAUGUCCUUAUCCGUUUAUUUUGUAAGUGAUUGUGCAAUCAAUAAUAAUAAAGAAUGGUACCUACACA